AUGAGGACAUCUCCGAAGGCCCUGGAAAAGGGGUCAAAGCAAAAAAUGAUCGUGCAAAUAGGACCUUACUAUAUAAAUGCAAGGCCGCGGGCAAAGGGCGGGUACAGCUAUGUGUACCAGGGCUGGCAUGAGAGCGACGAACGGAUCCAGUUAGCAUUCAAGCUUCUCCUUCUUCACGAUCGCCGUGGUUUCCUUAGCAGGUCGCAGACAAGAGACAUCGACAACAUGGUGUCCUUGGUGGAUGCUAUGAGCAGGAGACCGGGUGCAACCAGCAAUCACCCGGAUCUAUAUGUAGAUUUUCCGUUUCUUCCCCUUCUAGAUAUCAUCGAUGUCAGUUCAUCUACCAAAAGCAAUGUACAUCGCUUAAAGGAGUACGAGAGCGAAGCGAAUGCAGAACUUUCCCUCCUGCUUGUCUUCCCCUUUUGUGAGUUAGAUCUUAAGACCUACCUCAAGCACGGCUCUCUUUAUUCUGCAAAAGAAGAGGAUGUGCUGCGUGUUGCUUAUCAGAUUCUUCGGGCCGUUGGAAUUAUGCAUUCUUUAGGAUGGUCGCACAGGGAUCUCAAACCAGAGAAUAUGCUUAUCUCCAGGGAUGGCCAGCUGCUUCUCUGUGAUUUUGGCAUGGCACGCUGUGAAGUGACCUUUCUGCGACGGUUUGGAGUCAGCUACAACUAUGAUUACAGAGGAAAUAGUUACACAGACACUAAGAUGCCGAUUAGAGAAUACGACGAACGGUGUGCCGUUGCAUAUGAUCCACUCGAGGGCUUAGACCGCACACAGCAGCCGGGGAUCGUCUCGCGUCGCCUCCUCCCACCAGCUGGUGCCACAUCCAUCUGUGGGACCAUAUGGUGGCGAGCACCGGAGCAAUCCUUCAGGAAGAACGUCAACUGCUCAGGGUUCAUUGGUGACUCGUGGAGCCUCGGGUGCAUUUUGAUACAGUUGUUAUUCGAUUACCCCGCCUUUCACUCCAAGGACAGGGACGAGAAUACUGGCUCAGGGGAAGUCCUUGCUUACGUCAACCAGCUCCGGCCACUGGCAGAGAAUGAAGACUUCCUGGAGGCUAUAGUUUCUUUCAACGGUGUGUCUCGAUCAUUCAUAGAUUCCUUUAGGGCUGUCACAACGAAGCUGAAUAAGGCUCGCGCAGCAGACCUGCAACGGAUUUUAGCCAUGCCACGCGAGCAAGUAGAGGCAGUAUUGGCAAAUGCACGCGACAGUAAUGCUGGACGUGAAGACAGCAAUUUACAGGAACCGCCAGUUAAACACAGCGACGACCCACUGAAACAGAUACCUUCACACAUUAAGCAACUGAUUAUACUCAACAGACACGCUAUACUAUCGCCAUACAGGGACUGCGACGCGAUCUACUCCACAAGCAGAUACACCUUGAAACAAGCAUGCUUUUUAAUGCUGGUUCUCCGGUUUGCACCCUUGCCAAAGGUUGUGGAGAUGAUGGACAAACCCGCCAUCUCCGUGCAAGAGCUCACCAUACUCCUAGAGCUGUCGCCGACAGCUAUAUGCUUCUACAAUAUGUACUCAGACCUGGUGUCCAAAUUAAUGAACCCUAACCCCCUUCGCCGCCUGAUGCCCACAGAGGCCUUGACACAUCCUAUCUUUGACAACGUUCAGAACUCCUUUUUCUUCAAGCUGAAUACCAGCAACUCUACGUUUACCAAGCCCGACGAAACCAACAGCGCGAACAACUUCCUUCAGAAGAUUAGCGCCAUUCUAAACAGAAAGGUGGACUUCAACAAGGAUUACCUGCCGGUUUUAUUGAAUGAAAUCUCACACAGAACCCUCGACGAACUAGUCUUCACUUAUUGUCCAAAUUCACUAGACGACGUCUAG